AGAGAUGAUUGAACUAGAUGGCGAUGAGGUCAGGAUAUCAUCCAGGGGUCGCUUCGCGGAGAGAGACAUUGUGCAGUUCGUUCCUUUCCGAGACUACAUUGAUCGCAGAGGGAAUCACAUCCUCAGCAUGGCCCGUCUGGCCAAAGAUGUUCUUGCAGAAAUCCCGGAUCAGUUCCUCCAGUACAUGAGGAGCAGAGGUAUCAAACCCCAGCACUCGUCCCACUCCAGCUCCUCCAAACCCCCGUCCACACUCGUCCAGCCACUGCAGACGCAGAUCUGAGUCAUCGCACAAACUGUACGUCCUCUCUUCGGUUCACUGUCACUCUCAGGAUCACACACGGCCUGUCUGAGUGAAACGCUGCCCUUCUGCACGCUGUCUUUCAGUACGUAGGGUGACUUUAGGGAGCUUUACUCGUGGCGCUGUCCUUCCUCGGGCGCGCUGAGGUUUUAGGGGGUGUUUCAGACUGUUUUAAAGUAUCGCGUGGCCUCUUCAGUCAAACAUCAGAUCUGACUUCACAGUCUCUGUCUCACAUACUAUCUCCUGUUCUCAUGUCUGACGAACUACUGCAGACGUUUACAAUUGUACCGUUUUUUACAAAUGGAUGUUUUUUUGUACCUCAUGAAAACUCUGAGCUGCUUAACAAUGAAAUUUACUCAUUUUAUUACAUGACGUUGUAAAUAGAGCGAGUGUGAUUUUAGAAAAAGCAUGAAUCCACUCUCAGUACAAACGUGAGAGAAACUUUCACGCAGAUGUGCGAGGCCUUGGGUUUUCAUUUUGUUGUACAGUGUUUGCUUUGAAUUAUUUUACUAUAUCAGUAUUCCGUGUUCUUGGUCAUUUGACUGUCUCAAACUGUAAAGAAUUUGUGCUUAGCUUUCGCGGCGCUAGCACAGAACAGAAAUUUAACAGGAAAAGCCUUACUCUCCGUUAAAGGAACAGUUCACCCAAAAUGAAAAAUGUUGCAUUAUUUGCUGAACCUCAAGAAAUUCCAAACAUGUAUGAUUCUGUCACACCCCUGGACUGUUUUUGAUGUGUUUUCAUC